GAAGAAGAAAAACGCCACGGUUGUAGCGGCAAUGAAAGAACAGCGUGCUACUUCAGCAAAACAUUAGUAAAGUGUAGAUUAGCGUUAUAGACUAUCUGAUAGCAGAGCGAGCGUUAUACACACGCGUAAGCAACGAUCAGACAUUAGUAGGACUUUCUCGGGAGGAUGUCUUUGGUUUGUGCAAUCUCCAACGAGGUGCCGGAGCACCCGUGCGUCUCUCCAGUGUCCAACCAGGUGUUUGAACGCAGGCUGAUCGAAAAGUACAUCGCGGAGAAUGGGACGGACCCGAUGAACGGACAGCCGCUGUCUGAAGAACAGCUCGUAGAUAUUAAAGUGUCCCAUCCCAUUAGACCAAAGGCACCAUCAGCGACAAGCAUCCCUGCCAUUCUCAAAUCCCUUCAAGAUGAAUGGGAUGCCGUUAUGCUUCACAGCUUCACCUUGCGGCAACAGCUACAGACUACCCGCCAGGAACUGUCACAUGCUCUUUACCAACACGAUGCAGCCUGCAGAGUCAUUGCUCGACUCACCAAAGAGGUCACUGCUGCGAGAGAAGCUCUUGCUACACUCAAACCCCAAGCUGGAUUGGUUGCCCCUCAGGCAGUUCCUGCCUCUCAGCCUGCUGUAGCAGGGGCUGGUGGAGAGCCUAUGGAUGUAAGUGAACAGGUGGGAAUGACCCCAGAGAUCAUUCAGAAGCUUCAAGACAAAGCUACCAUCCUCACCACAGAGAGAAAGAAGAGAGGAAAGACUGUGCCAGAGGAGCUGGUUAGAGCUGAGGACCUCAGCAAGUACCGCCAAGUUGCCUCCCAUGCUGGUCUCCAUAGUGCCAGUGUUCCUGGUAUUCUGGCUCUGGAUCUGUGUCCCUCAGACACCAACAAAGUACUCACUGGUGGAGCUGAUAAGAACGUGGUGGUGUUUGACAAGAACGAGGAGCAAAUUGUGGCAACACUUAAGGGUCACACAAAGAAGGUCACCUCUGUCAUUUACCAUCCCUCUCAGUCUGUGGUCUUCUCUGCAUCCCCAGACACCACCAUCCGUGUCUGGUCUGUCGCUGGAGGCAACUGUGUCCAGGUGGUUCGCGCCCAUGAAGCAGGUGUCACUGGACUCUCCCUACAUGCUACUGGAGACUACCUGCUCAGCUCCUCUGAGGAUCAGUACUGGGCCUUCUCUGAUGUUCAGACUGGUAGAGUCCUUACCAAAGUCACUGAUGAAAGUGCUGGCUGUGCUCUCACCUGUGCUCAGUUCCACCCUGAUGGUCUCAUUUUUGGCACUGGUACGGCUGACUCGCAAAUCAAGAUUUGGGAUCUGAAGGAGCGCACUAAUGUGGCCAACUUCCCUGGCCACUCUGGUCCUGUCACCUCCAUUGCUUUCUCUGAGAAUGGAUACUACCUGGCCACAGGGGCCCAGGAUAGCUCUGUGAAACUGUGGGAUCUGAGGAAGCUGAAGAACUUCAAGACCAUCACUCUCGACAACAACUAUGAGGUAAAGUCCCUAGUGUUCGAUCAGAGUGGUACGUACCUGGCAGUUGGAGGGUCUGACAUCCGUGUCUACAUCUGCAAGCAGUGGUCUGAGGUCCUCAACUUCACAGACCAUACUGGAUUGGUAACUGGAGUGGCCUUUGGAGAGAAUGCUCAGUUCCUGACCUCUACAGGAAUGGACAGAAGUCUCAAAUUCUACAGUUUGUAGAGGGGCAUACAUUGAGGAUGGGAGAGGAGGUUAGCGAGGUCUCUGUUUGAACAGUCCUGGACACAGACUUAGCAUAGACCCACACCUUUUUUUUUUAGAAAAAAAAGAAAAAUGAAAUCAGUGCCAAUUUUGUUUCUUUAGUGUGUUAGUAAAAUUCCAAGAAAUUAACAGCUAAUUGAAACCACAGCACCAUGGUUAGGAUAACAACUGUUUGUUGGCGUUGCAAAAUAAAUGAGCUGUUAUGCUUUUGUCUGAUUCAACAGCAAUUUUACUGUAGUAUUUUCUUUUUGUAUUUGGGUGGGGUCCAAAUUUGUUGUACAACAGUUGUUGUACUGUUGUUGGGGACUAUGUGUGGUGUGGCAACAAUCUGCUUUGCUUUUAUGUAGACCAGCUUCAUCAGUGUUUUAAGGUUAAAAUUUAAAUAAUCAGGAUGAACAAUGGAGCCAAGCAGAAUAUUAGCGAGUAUGACGUUGAUUUCCCUUGUGAUGAAUUUAGCCUCGUUUAAUCUCAUCCCAUCAUUCAGUUUUCUGUUUGAUUUGUUCCAUUCAUACACACCUUCUACUCCCCAACUGUAUAUUUCCUGUUACUUGCAAUAUUGCCUGUUGCACUGUUGCCCUUUUACAGUGAAAUAAAAUAUCUUUUUUAUUGCCAUA